UAGCUUUUAAGAACAUGUAAUAAAUAACUUCAAACUGCAAUGGAUAUUUAAUUUUAAAGCGUGCCUUUAACAUUUAUGUAAAACGUUUUUUAUACUCAUUCAAAAUAGAAACUUAUUUGGCCACUGGGUAAAGCUAGCAAUAAAACUACUGGUCCGCAUUAAUAUAUAGUAGUUUCCCCUAAUCCGUGGUUUUGCUUUUUAGGGUUCAGUUGCCCAGCUUCUGGUAGCCCCAAGCGUUCCUUGGCUUGUGGUUGCAUCAAUCCAAUCUCUGCCUCUGUCGUCGCAUGGCCUUCUCUUGUGUCUCUCUUCUUAUAAGGACGCCAGCCAUACUGGGUUAAGGUCCUAACUUACUCCAGUAUGACCUUAUUUUAACUAAUUACAUCCCUAAUGACCCUUUUCCCAAAUAAGGCCACAUUCACAGCAUAGCAUUUUGGGGACACAGUCGACUCCCAUCUGAUUGCUGUUGCUCCUUUGCCUGCUCCCGUGUGUCAGAGGCCCACCACACGCUUGCUGCUCCCCACUCCUUUGUGUGCACCUGACCUUGAUGGGAUGGAACCAGCCCACUCCCCCGAGAUUGUGCCCACAGGUGCCCAUCGCCUUCCAGGACCUGGCCGUGCGGUUCUCUGAGGAGGAGUGGCAGCUCCUCGGGGAGAGGCAGAGGGAACUCUACAGGGAUGUGAUGCAGGAGAACUACCAGGCGCUGGUCUCCCUGGGGACAGCUGACCUGCUCCCCCUCUCUGCCUUCCUGUCUCCUGCGGAGCCUGGAGGAGCCAUGAGCAGGAGCAAAGCUGGCGAGGAACAGGAGCCUCCUAAGGGAGGUGGGGUAGCAGGAGGAGCACCCCAGCACAGCCUGCACCUCACCGCCCUGGUGCAGCUGGUGAAGGAGAUUCCGGGGUUCCUGUUUGGGGAAAUCGGCCCUGAGAGCGGGAGAGCCGGCCUGGAUGGGGAACAGGCGAACCCCGAAGCUUCCAGGGUCCUCUCCCUCUUCCCGACAGCAGCUGUGACGGUGGCAACUUGCCCUCUCCAAGGCCUGCUCAACUGCCUUCCAGACACGCCCGUCCACCAGCCCAGCGGUAGCUCAUCGUCCAGCAGUUCACCCGGAGCCAGGAGGCAGGGAAGCCCUCUCCCCAUCCAAACUGCAGACACACAGGAGCCUACGGAGAAGGAAGGCCCUGGAGCCCCAGACGGGAAGUGCAGUCCUCUCACCUGUAGCCCCGGCAGAAGGAAGAGCCACAGAAAACAGCAGAGAGGGACUUCAGGAGCAGGUCCCACAGGAACCUCUCCUGGGAGCAGCCCCUUGCAAGGUCUCAUCAACUGCCUGAAGGAAAUCCUUGUGCCUGGGCCCCAGCACCCUGAGACGUCCUCGAGCUUACCGCCUCCUGUCCCAGGCCUGGGCAUGUCACGGCUAACCCGGGUGGAGCUGGGACCUGGGAGCCCACCCUGGGGAGUGAAAACAGAGGCAGCGUCUGGGGAUUGUCCCCUCCAGGGGCUGCUGAACUGUCUGAGGGAGAUCCCAGUGGCCCAGGACACGCACCCCAGCCCUUCAGGAGCAGGGGAGCCACGGCUGCAGGAGGAUCCGGGGGCCUGGAGAAGGAAUUCUGGAGGGCCCAGAUCCCUCCAGACUCGUCCUUCCUGCUCCGGUGCUGGCUCUGGCCAUGUGCUCUCUGUGAAGAUGGAGGAUGGCUGGGCCCAGAGCCCCCCAGUGCCUGCAUCCUGUCAGCUCCGCAAGCGGACCCACAGGCCCUCUGCCACCAGCAGCCCCGGGGGUGACGGAGACACCAGUGGGGACCAAGUGCUCAGAUGGGGCCCCACAGCGCAAGCCAGCAGUGCCUCGAGCUCACCUCUGGAAGCCCUGGAGGCCUGUCUGAAGGGCAUUCCCCUGAGUGGGUCGUUACCUCCCCAGCCACCGCCGGCCACCUCUUGGUUCCAGAGCUCCCAUCCAGGAGACCGCGGGUCUCAGAGGCCUGAGCUGAACCCCCGAGGAUCACACAGUCAAGGACUGACUGUGGGGCCUCUUCCGGCUCUGGGUCUGCAAGGCUUUGUCAGAGAUGGCCCUGCCCUCGCCCCAGGUCCCCACAGCACCCCCACCAGCUUCUCCUCAUCCAGCAGUACUGAUGGGGACCUGGAUUUCCAGAUCUCUGAGGGCAGCCAGGGACGUAGGCCUGAAAAAGGAAUUCCAGUCCGUAGUGCCCCACUCCAGGGCCUGGAGAAUUGUCUCAGAGAGAGAUCUGUGCCCAGGUCACAGCCUACCUGGUCCUGGACCUCGGCAGGAGACAGAGAGCCACAGAGAGUGGAGCCCAAGAACUGGAUGGCAGACAAGGAAGGACUGAGGAGAGAGGUGUGUGAACCAGUCCAUCUCAGGGGGGACGUGCCCACCAGGAGCCUGCGGCCAGCCAGCCCACAGGCACUCACCUCUAGCAGUGUCCCCGCCUGCUGCCAGCGAGGGCUCAAAGACCACGUGGCCACCAGGCCAGGACCAUGGAGGUGGCUCCAGGCCGGGACAGCCACCACGCCCUCCCCACUCCACUGCCUGGAGAACUCUCUGAAGGGGAUCUUGCCUGGGAGGCCCCUGCGCUUUACAUGCUUGGCCCUCCCCGGCCCCGGCCCGAGCCCCAGCCCUGGCCCCGGCACCGUCACUGGCUCCAGCUCCAGCUCCAGCCUCAGCAGCUCAGAAGGGGAAGACCCAAGGCUGGAGCCUGAGCUCUGGCAGCCGCUGCUGCAGGAGAGGGACCCUCUUCCCAGCAGCAAGAGACCUGGCCCUCCGACCCCAAGCCCUGGUGAAGGUCCAAGGAGAACAGAGCCCAGGGACCACUUCGGUCUCAGGACAGGAAAAGCAGAGGAGAAGACGGGAGGCAGGUCCCAGGCUCCCCGGACAGAAGUGUGCUUGGAGACCCCAGGCCGGCCUAGCCCCCUGGGCAGCACCCAAGGAGGGGCAGCUGGGAGUAUCUGCCCUGCCCCUCAGCCAGAGAAAAGGCCCAGGCCGGGGCCCUGCCAGCCUCCUGGGUCACCCGCGCGGCCCCUGUCCUGGAAGCUCAGGGUUAGUGAAGAAUCCAGGGAUCCGGUGCCUGGACACAGAGGACCAAGUGUUGCAGCCAAGACCGAAGGGAAGCCACUUACCAGAGGCCUGCCUGAACCGCCCCCCAUGGCCACCGUCCCUCCCGCUUUGCCACCUGCCUCCCCACGGCCACCGUGUCCCUGUGGAAGUUCUCUGCAGCAGGAGCUCCACAGCCUCAGCGCCACCCUCUCAGAGAAGCUGGAUCAGCUCGCCUCAGCCCUGGCAGGCCUGUCUCAGGAAGUGGCCACCAUGAGGACCCAAGUGCAUCGGCUAGGGAGGUGCCCUAGGGGCCCUGGGCCAAAGGGCCAGGCUUCCUGGCCAUGGGCCCUCCCCCGGGGACCUCACUGGGCUCAUGGCCCUGCUCGCAGACACCUGCCCUACUGGAGACAGAAGGGCCCUACCAGGCCAAAACCAAAGAUCCUGCAUGGCCAGGCAGAAGGCUGCAGGGCUGGCGAGGCCUCAGGCCUCUCCCUUGGGACAUGCUACCUGGUGCCUCAGCCGCCUCCAGGCACCCCCCAGGCAGAACCUUCUGGAACCAGCUCCAGCCCUUCCCAGCACCCACCACCCUCAGCAUGCAGCCGUGCUGUGCUCACUGUGCAUCCCCUGCUUGGACACAUUGGGGGCCCCCAGACUCCCCCUGCCUCUUCAGUGCCAGCUGCCUUCCCCCCGCAGAUGGCCUCUCCAGCCACCAGUGCAGAUGCAGAGCCACCAGCUGCAGCAGCUGCUCCAACUGGGCCCCGAAACUGGCCCAAGGACCCAAACAGCCUAUUGGUGGGAGUCCAGAGAGGCUUUGAGGAGGAACUCUGGGAUGGUAGAGGACAUAGGGACCCGAGAUGGGAGGCCUCUAACCACCUUCACCAGCUCCGCCCUGAGGAUGCCCUGCCCCUGGCUGCCUCUCCUAGGGGCCAGUCAGCCCCUGCACAUCUUUCCAACCAAACUUUCCCCAUCUCUGGGCUGUGAAGAGCUAGGCAUCUCUCUCGGCCUGACUGCCCCAGACUCCAGCAUGUGUUUGCUCUGGGCGGGCAGUGCUUGGGAUGCAUUCCCCAGUCACGCCUCUGUCCUCCUCGGCUCAGGUUCAUUCAGAUGUUGCUCCCUCCUGUCUUUGCCAUCACAACUGCCACAACUCAUAGGCAGAUGGUGGCGUACACACCUGUGCACAGCACGUGUGCCCGGGGCGCUCCAAGUGGCUGCAGAGGGGCAAGUAAAGCCCUUCUCCCUAACACCUGCCCUUCCUGCUCUCAGCGCUGCACUUUCCUGCUAAAUACAGGCAGAGAUUUCAUUUGGGGAGAAUGUCACUCCUUGGGUGUAAGUUCGAUUCUAAAAUUACAAAGUUAAUUGCUAAGGGAAAGCCCUUGGUGCCUACAGAAAGGGGCUAGGUGGGUCCACACCAGGGCGUGGCUGACUGGUUUGUAUCAGUACUGGGACAAGUGAGCUUAGCAGACAAGAAUACUUGCACCCAGACCAGUCUAGGUGAUCCAGGUCCAAUCAGAACCUACAGGAAGUUCAAAUCUUUUUUUUUCUCUAGUGUGGAAAUAAGUAAUAAAAUGUAUGGUAAGAUGCUUCAUCAUCUGCAAUUACAUUUGUCCCACAGGUCCACUGCCACACCAGAAACUUUCAGUUCACUGAAAGCCUUGGAGAAUCUACUUUGGUGAAAAAUCUGUGUGCAGUUCAGGAUUUUGGGAGUGUGUUCAACACUUUCACCUACUUUAUGGGGAAAUGUCACUUUGGUGGGAGAAACUGAGGGGCCUUUUCUAACUCAGGAAUUCCAGAGAUCUGGAGGUAGGGGGCACAGAAGGCUCUAGCUUGGUCUGUCACCAUUCUGGCAAGUAGCCUGGAGGAUGGCUCCUGGCUGACCUGGGCUUGAGCUUCCCUCCAUCCUUGCUCCACCAGCCAUUUGCCAGCAUGAGGCCACUGUAAGGCAGGCAGGGGAAGGUCCUACUUUAACCUGUCGGAGUUGGAGUGGGAUCCCCAAAGGCUCCAGGCUAGCCCAGAGGGGUCCAGUGGAAGAGAAGCUGCAAUGGGGUGGGGGUGGGGGGGUGCCACCAUCUUCUGCCUGUGACACUGUAUGUCAUUGCUGCCUCCAGAAGGAGCUUGGUUCAUUGGCAGACCAGGCUUGAUUCAACUUUGUGUUUUAGCUGUGGCUUCUGUAAACAGCCUAUAGUUGGAUUUUAUUUUUUAAUCCAGCUUGACAAAAUGUUUUGUUCCUUCAUGGGAGCCCUGAAUCCAUUUACAAGUAAUAAAAUCUCUAACAUUUGAA